AUGAUCGGAAGUGAUUGUUAUCACAUAUUAAUUGAUAAUACUAAUACACAAGAUUACAGAUAUUCUACAAUUGAAAUAACAGAAAUUAAUAAUAGAGGCGAAAUGAAUUUAGAACCUAUAAAAGCAAAAAUUAUUGGUGAUGGUAUUAUAAGAUUAUACAGAGAAUUCGAUGACAUUAUUUUACAACCAAAUCACAUAAAUAAAGGAGAUGAUACAAUGGUUGGUAUAUUAGCUAUUCCAACAUAUUUUACAGCUACAGAUUUAUUAGGUUUUAUUGGGGAGUCUUUUAUGAGUAAAAUUUCACAUUUGAGAAUUUUAAAAAGUAAUAAACCGAAUAGGUUUUUAAUUUUAAUUAAAUUUAAAGAUAUAAUUGAAGCAGCUAAUUUUCAUUAUUCGUUUAAUGGUAAACCUUUUAAUUCAAUGGAACCUGAAACUUGUCAUGUUGUUUAUAUAAAAUCAGUUCAUGUUUGUUACCCCAAGGUUGAAAGUUCGUUGAUACCAUUUUUAUUAAAAGAUCCAUUUACAUCUAUAGAUUUAGAAGAAUUAAAUUUAAUUGAAUUACCUACAUGUCCUGUUUGUUUAGAAAAAAUGGAUGCUAAUAUAACUGGAUUAUUAACAAUACCUUGUCAACAUACUUUUCAUUGUCAAUGUUUAUCAAAAUGGAAAGAUGAUACGUGUCCAGUAUGCAGAUAUUCACAGAAUUUAGGUACAGAUUUAUUAAAAUCAACGGCAAAUAGUCUGUCAGAUUCAAGAUGUAAUGAUUGUAAUCAAGAUUUAAAUUUAUGGAUUUGCCUAAUAUGUGGAAAUGUUGGUUGCAGUAGGUAUGCGCCAGAACAACAUUCAUUAAAACAUUUUAUAAAUACAGGACAUUGCUUUGCAAUGGAAAUAAAUACUAGUAGAGUGUGGGAUUAUGCUGGUGAUAAUUAUGUACAUCGAUUAAUUACUAAUGAAUCUGAUGGUAAAUUAGUUGAAUUACCCGAUAAGAAAAAAUCAGAUCCUGGAUUAGAAUAUUCACAAUUAUUAAUUAGUCAAUUAAUAAGUCAAAGAGAAUAUUAUGAAAAUAUAAUUAAAGAAAAAUCUGAUAUAUCCGAUUUAGAAAAUAAAUUUUCAGAUUUAACAACAAAAUUAAUACCCUCUUUAAAAGAAAAAAUUCAAUCAAAGGAAGAGAAAUUAAAUGAAAUUGUACGUGAAUUAAAUAUUUCAAACUCAUUAAAUGAAGCAUUAUCAGAGAAAAUUGAUCAUUUAAAUAAAUUACAUGAAAGUUUUAAAAUUAAAAUUACAACUCUAACUCAAGAGAAUAAAGAUUUACAAGCACAAGCUAAUGAUUUAAUGUUUUAUCUUGAUAAUCAAGAAAAAUUUAAAAAUGAAUCUCAAGAUGUCAAAGACGGAACUAUUAUAAUUCAACAACAAUCUAAAAAAAAUAACAAAAAGAAGAAGAAAUAA